AUGUUUCAAACGUUUCGAUUCGAUCGGGGUUGUAUAAAUCGAUAUCUCGUCGUAAAUGUUUUGACAUACGGUUUUGUUUUAAUUACUUGUUUUGUCACAAAGCAGAAAAAAGCGGGGGGAGAGGGGAUAAGGGAAUUUGUUACUUCUGCGAACGGAUUGACCGAUUGUAAAUUUUAUAAAAUUACAUGGUUGGCUUUCGAACAACUUCAAGUUCUUCUAGGUUAUCCUUUAUAA